GGUGGAAUGUAUAAUUUUUGUCAUCGCCUCCCUCCAGCUGGGCUUCUCAACUUUUUUUUUUUCUUUUUCUUUUUUUUUUCAUUAGAGUAGUUUGACUCUCUUUCUAACCCCACCAUUCUCUCUUUCUUCUCUAAUAGGAGUACUCUUUUGUAUCUUUAUCCUUCAUAAUCUCAUCCAUUUUCCCUUUUCCUUCUCUUCUCCUUUUUCUAUUAGAAUUUACUUGCAUUCUCAGUAUAUGCAUACAAAUCUCCUCAAAUUCACUGUUUCUUUACACUUAUAGUCCUAUCUUUUCUGGGUUUAAUUUCCUCCAUUGAUGUUUUUAAACUUCCUUAGAUAGAUCCCUUUACUAUUUAUUGGAAUUAGAAUAGAAUACUUUUCUAUUUUAACAUUCAUUGGUUCCCAUUCAAGCUUGGAAAUUGAACCCACUAUUAAAAAAAGUAAUACCUUUUGGGUUUUGUCUUCCUUUUCACAUUUAGCUUGAGCAAUUAGAAAUCUUUUGUGGGUCAUUUUUCUCUAUCAUUGUUUUUUUGGGUUUUCUUUGAAUCCUUCAAAUUCACUCAUCCUUCAAAGUUGUCAAUCUUUAUUGGUUACUGCUUACUUUAGGUCUACAUUGCUCUAUCUAUGCUUAUUGAGUUUUAUUUAGGUUUAAAGCAAGCCCUUGUAUGUUUCUUUGGGUGCUUAAGGAAGAAGAUCAAACAAGUUAGAUUUGAUCACACUGCAAAAAGGUGAAGAUGUGUAAAUUGUGCAAUUAGUAAAUUCAAUAAGAGCAAAGCUAAUUGGUUCUGGUAUUGUUGGAUUGGAAUCUUCAUAAUGUCAUCAGAUGGUUCAUUGAGUGCAAAACUUUCACAGAAGACAGGUCUUGGUAUUAAGCUUUGGGUGUUAAUUGGUUUAUGUGUAGGAUUGUUUAUAGUUUUCAUUCUUUGUAUAUUAUCCGUUUGGGUGGCAUGCCGAAAAAAAUCAAGAAGAAGGCUAGAUAGGUUCUCUCUUCCUCAGAUUCCUAAUGUACCAAAGGAUAUUAGGGUUGACAGAAUCGGGGUACCGAAUCCUCAUGAACAUCAUGAUAGUUUAUCGCUUCAUGUACACGAUAAAUCGUGUGACGCAAAUUCAGGGAAGAUGUUAGCAUAUUUGGGCAGGACUAAGUCUAGUGAUGUUGACACAAUAAGCCAAUGUAGUUCUAUACAUCAUCAUGAUAGGGCAUAUAGCUCACAUUCCGGAGAAGAUGGAAGUUUUGGCACCAUUCCGAAGCAUGUUCCAUCAUCUUAUGGAGUUGUAACUGCCUCCCCUUUGAUUGGGUUGCCAGAGAUAUCACAUCUUGGUUGGGGACACUGGUUUACACUUAGGGAUCUUGAAAUGGCAACAAAUAAAUUUUCUCCGGAUAAUAUUAUAGGCGAAGGUGGCUAUGGUGUUGUCUAUAGAGGGCUUUUGAUCAAUGGAAGUGAAGUGGCUGUUAAGAGACUUGUCAAUAAUUUGGGACAAGCCGAGAAAGAAUUUAGGGUAGAAGUCGAAGCUAUAGGUCAUGUUCGACACAAGAAUUUAGUACGCCUUUUGGGUUAUUGCAUCGAAGGAGUUCAUAGGAUGCUUGUUUAUGAAUAUGUAAACAAUGGCAACUUGGAACAAUGGCUUCAUGGAGCUAUGCGUCAGCAUGGUUUCCUUACAUGGGAGGCUCGCAUUAAAGUUCUUCUUGGGACGGCCAAAGCGCUUGCCUAUUUGCAUGAGUCAAUUGAACCAAAAGUUGUCCAUCGAGACAUAAAAUCGAGCAAUAUUUUGAUUGAUACUGAUUUCAACGCCAAAGUUUCUGAUUUUGGAUUGGCUAAGCUCUUGGAUUCAGGAGAAAGUCAUAUAACCACAAGAGUAAUGGGGACUUUCGGGUAUGUUGCACCAGAAUAUGCAAAUAGUGGAUUAUUGAAUGAGAAAAGUGACAUUUACAGUUUCGGCGUUUUGCUUUUAGAAGCUAUAACUGCUAGGGACCCUGUAGAUUAUAGUCGUCCUGCCAAUGAGGUCAAUCUUGUUGAGUGGCUGAAAGUAAUGGUGGGGACUAGAAGGGCUGAGGAAGUUGUGGAUCCUAAUCUUGAAGUUAAGCCUACAACUCGAGCUCUGAAACGUGCGCUUCUGGUAGCUCUACGAUGUAUUGAUCCUGACCCUGAAAAAAGACCCAAAAUGAGUCAGGUUGUAAGAAUGCUGGAAGCUGAUGAUGUUCCGAACCGUGAGGAUCGUAGGAACAGGAAGAGCUGUACAGCAAGUAUGGAAUUCGAGAUUAAGGAGACUGAUAGUUCAGUUGGUGGUGAAAGUAGUAGAGUGGAGAUCACUGAUAACCAUGCACCUGGAACAAGUCAGGUGUAGUAUAACAUUGUUUUGUAACAGGCUUUCACAAACAUUGGCACUAAUUUCUCAUCCUGAACAAAGAUACUUGCAACUACUCGCCUUGUUUGCAUCGUCCAAGCUUGAUUGCGGGUGCCUCCAUUAUACACAUUGUUGUAAUUUGUGAGUAUUAGAGAAUGAAAGGUAUACUCAUAUGCCAUCUAGAAAGCGAGGGAAGGCGAAACGGUUUGCUCGGAAUACCUUCUCUUUUGGAGAUGCUACUGAGAGAGAACCUUUGUACAGAGUUAAAUAGUAAAAAAUCUUGUCUUAAACUUGUUAUUUGUACUUUUAUUUAUCAUUUGUGUCAUAUUUACAAUCAACUACAUCCUUGAAAUGGAAUUGAGUUGUGGUAUUUCUAGUCGUUUUUCUUGUUUUUCUUUCAUUUUGAAGUUUAACUUAUGUAUUUAUCCAUGUAGUUUUUUGUUAUAUAUUAAAGAUUACUUACACUUUUU